CGUUCGGUUCGCUCCGAUUCCGGCGUGAGAACCGUUAUCGUCAUCGCGCUGCUGGAAUGGUAGUAGUGGUGGUGGUGGUGGUGGUGGUGGUUAGUGGUCACCCGCGUCCCGUUACCCGUCACACGUCCGGAGCGGAGCAACCCCGCCGCUGCCGCCGCCGCCGGUCGUCCGUCCUCGCGCUGACCGCGCGGGGAUGUCGCGGAGGCGCGGAGCGGAACAUGUGCGCACAGCGGCGGCGACUUGAAAGAGCCGCGGUAGAGAGUCCUUCCGCACCCCGAAGAGAUCUUGCGCGCAAGCGAGAUUGAGAAAAGGAGGAGGAGCAUUUCGGAGAGGCUGUGACUGAAAAGGCUUCCCGUUCUUCCCUUUCUACGACGAGAAUAGGUAGUCGCUUCAUGCAUGGGACGCUCAUUACGUGUCGCACCGGUGUGCGGGACCGAUGCUCUGGCCAUGGACCAUGUGCACCCCUUUGCGGGACUUCGCUUUGUGAAUGGGCUUUUGAAUUCCCGGGCCGUGGCGAGCGGCGGCGAGACCACGGAGGGGACCACGGUGGUGCUUCUCUUCAAUGGAUCCUCGCUGUGCGAGGAUAGGAGAGCAUCGGGGGAAGAAGACGCAGCUUAAGUACCAUCGUUAGCGAUCUCCUUGCGUGGGUGAAUCGGCAGAACAGGGUGGCAGUGACAUCGUGAUCGGCAGGGUCCAAGGGCCCAUGGCCGGGAACUGUUUUCGCCGGUUCUGGUGGUGGCUCCCGAUCGCGAUCCUAUCCGGGUGCUUCCUCCGCGCAGUCGAAGCCGGCCGUAUUUCGUGCACGUCCACCUAUCCCUCGGAGACAGCGCGCGGCGAGCGUCCCCGGUUCGGCGCGGACGUAAUAAUCUUCCUGGGCGAGAGAUGCGACGGGGAGAUCAACACCACCGAGAUACAGGAUCACUUGGAGCGCGCGCCCGAUCUGACUGGCGAGCUCUCGGUCAGCGUGAUACCGAGAUCCCUGACGUGUGAGACGGAAACCGGGGGCCUCGGCGCGCUGAUCCACGCUCUCGGCGAGAGCAACACGAAGGCGGUGAUAGCCACGCUCGACAGCUCGAUCUGCGAGGUCGCCGCCAAACUCGCGCAUCUUGGGAAUAAACCGCUGCUAACUUGGACCUGUCCGCUGAGAGAUUUAAGGGAAAGGGAUCUGUCUCCCAUCUUUAGGCUCUCUCCGUCAUUACCGUCAAUGGCGAAUGCCGUAGUGGAAAUAUUUCUUCAUUUGCAGUGGAAGACUGCGGUUGUCAUCAGUAUGGAUCGCGAGCCGUGGACCAGCCUGGACCGUGCCGUAAUCGAUGCAUUCCGAAGGAUCGGCGUCGUCCUGCGCUACCACUUGAUUCUACCCCAUCGCGCCACCCUCGAGCAGAUCCGCAGAAUUCUAAGGUCCGCGCACAGCGUUUCCCGUCGUGCAACGGUGCUCUGUCUGCCGCUACUCGACGAGAUAACGAGCCGCGUUCUGAUCGAACUGAACGUCGCGUGGCAAACGCACAUUCAGAAUUCCGUCAUCCUGAUGAUCCACCCGGAGGAUAUCGACCUCUUCCUUCCGACAGACGACUCGCCGCCCACGUCGCUCCCCACCGACUCAUCGACCUUGGCCCACUCCGCGAUUACUCAGUCUUCCAAUUUUUCUACCUCGAAUGUAACUCGCGCCGGCUCGUACGCGACCCCGGAGACAGACGAGAGGUUGCGGAGGUUGCAGCAGUCCACGCGUAGAUUCGUCCCGCCGAGGAAUCUCAGCAGCACCACGAUGGAAAAUCUACUUGUGGUCGCGCCGCUUGAUCAGAGGUACGAUGUGAGGAGGAUCUUCAACGGCACGCAGGAUUACGCGACGCUGGCGUUGCUCGAUCGACUGAACGAAUCGCUGACCGUGUUAACGCGCGACAACAGCACUCUUGACAGCCAUAACAACAAAAUGUACACAUACGCCCUGCUGAACUGGCGCGACGCCGGCUGGGAGCCGAUCCUCGCGGUGAUCGAGCGGUAUCAGCAACUGCUGGUCCAGCAGCUGACGCCAAGUGCGGUGGCGUUUCUCAACAUCGAGGCGCCCGAUCUGCCGUCCUGCGACGUCGACGGUGAUUGUCCGAAUGGCUUGGCCGACAUGUCUUUCCGUACAACACAUAUCGUAGCUAUUAUUCUGGGGUCGCUGCUGUUCACCUUUGUCGCCAUCGCCGUCGCAAUUAUAAUCCGGAAACGACUGCUUAAGAAACGGAUGUCCAAGGGCCCGUACAAAAUCAUUCUAACGACGUCGGACUUCGUUUUUCCUCAAGUGCCUCCAGUAGAUUCGAGAACGGUAGACGAGGGCAUCGAGGCGAUGCUGUGCUGCUGGCUGCAGCAGCUGCAGGAGUUCGGCGGGCCGGAAGUCGAGAAGCCGGAUCUGCUCCAGCUCGGGAGCGUGAACUCGCUGAGACCGUACCUGCAGGCUAGCGGCGGGAACAUACCGCGGCACACUUUCUUCAAGGAUCCACGCGCUAGAUAUAACGGUGACUUGGUUCAAUUGAAGGAGCUGCCCUUUCAAGGUACGUUCGAACUGAAGAGCAAGGCCAUGGACGUGCUGGUCACGAUCCACGGGCUGCGACACGAGAACCUCAAUCCCCUGAUUGGAUGCCUUAACGAACCUACGAGACCCUGUCUAGUGUCGGAGUACUGCUCGAGGGGCUCUCUGGAGGACGUACUUGUUCAGGACGAGAUUAAACUCGACUGGUCCUUCAGAUUAUCCUUGCUGACCGAUCUUGUACGGGGUAUGAAAUACCUACACAGCACUCCGAUACGCGUCCACGGCUAUCUCACGUCGCGAAAUUGCGUGAUCGAUGCGAGGUGGGUUUUGAAAGUUACCGAUUACGGCCUGCCCGCAAUUUAUGAAGCACAGAACAUAGUGCCGCCUGUGAAAACAGCUCGAGACCUGUUAUGGACUGCGCCGGAACUGCUUAGGCAUCCGAAUUUGGGAAAAAAGGGAACCCAGCCUGGGGAUGUUUAUAGUUUUGGAAUUAUUAUGCAGGAAGUCGUUGUUCGAGGAGAACCAUUUUGUAUGCUCGCCCUAUCUCCGGAAGAUAUAAUCGAGAAAGUGAUGAAGCCACCGCCCCUGAUCAGACCAUCGGUUAGCAAAGGCGCUGCGCCACCGGAAGCCAUAAACAUCAUGCGCCAGUGCUGGGCGGAAACUGCUGAAAUGAGGCCCGACUUUGAUGACGUUCACGAUCUCUUCAAGAAGCUAAAUCACGGGAGAAAGGUAAACUUCGUGGACACGAUGUUUCAAAUGCUCGAGAAGUACUCGAACAAUCUGGAGGAACUCAUUCGCGAGCGUACGGAACAGCUCGACAUGGAGAAGAAAAAGACCGAGCAAUUAUUGAAUAGAAUGUUACCAAGUUCAGUCGCCGAAAAACUGAAGCUCGGCAUGCCCGUCGAUCCCGAAGAGUUUCGAGAGGUCACAAUUUAUUUCUCGGACAUCGUUGGCUUCACGACGAUAUCCGCACGCUCGACGCCCUUUCAGGUGGUUGAUCUUCUUAACGAUCUGUACACUUGCUUCGACGACACGAUUAACGCGUACACGGUUUACAAGGUGGAAACUAUCGGGGAUGCCUACAUGGUUGUAGGCGGCUGUCCUGUGAGAAUACCCGAUCAUGCAACUCAAAUUGCAACAAUGGCGCUCGACCUGUUACAUCAGAGUGGAAAGUUCAAGUUAAAACACCUUCCGGACACGCCGCUCAGGCUGCGCAUCGGUCUUCACACGGGCCCGUGCUGUGCCGGCGUGGUAGGUCUGACGAUGCCGCGUUACUGCUUAUUCGGCGACACGGUGAACACCGCCUCGAGGAUGGAGUCGACCGGGGCGCCGUGGCGUAUCCAUUUGAGCCAAGCGACGAAGGAUCGAUUGACGCAGGUCGGCGGAUACCACAUCGAAUACCGCGGUCCUACCGACGUCAAGGGCAAAGGCAAGAUGCCGACGUACUGGCUCCUCGGCAAGCAGGGUUUCGACAAGGAGCUCCCCAAGCCACCACCCUUUAGGGAGAACCAUGGGCUCGAUGAAAGUCUCAUGCUGGGCGGCCACCAAAACGGAAUACCGAGCGAGUUGGCGUGCUCGCCGCUACCGGUGAUCCCGUCCCAGGACGAGACGCACGAGGAACCUUCGAGUCCUCUCGAGAUCAAACCCGACCGCCAGGAAUCCGUCAGCAGCGGAGUCACUAACGGCAGCAGUCGUGCCGCGUCCUUCGAGGAAGCCAGCAUCAGGAAGGUCGCCGUGUCCGUACACGACGAGCGCACGUUGCUGCCGAGCUAUUCCCUCAAGUCCACGUCCGACUUCAUCGAGGUGUUACAAGGCAAGCAGGACACGGCGGCGAGAACGAGCGAGGCUGCCGCCGCCACCGCCACCGCCGCGGUCCACGGUGGCGUGACCAAGAGCACGUCCAGCGAUCAAGCCUCCCUCGGGGUGUCGUCUUCGAUAAGCGGCGUCGAGUCGACCGCGGCGAUCCUCGGCGCCUCCACCAGCUCGCUCACGUCGAUCGCUAGCUCAACGGCGUACCGGCAGCCGUUGGCGAGGCAUCGCCGCUUCGCCACCGGAUGCAUCGACGAGAAUGAUCUCAGCACACCGUACAAUCAUUACAGAUGUCUUUCGCCCAACGAAUAUCACGGGAAGGGUCCCGGAUGUCGAAUGCUCAAGAGACAGUUUAGCCUGGACCGUCCGGACGAACCGGUGUCGAGAAUCUCGGAACAGUCCCAGCAGCCGCGGUCGACUCCUCGUCUCUACAAGCAAAAUAGCGCGGGCGCGGCCAACGACUUGGAGAGAAUCGAGGAAGUGCCACCAGCCACUCCUAAGCUCCUCCUACAGAAUUAUCGUCACGCUGCUUCCGUAUCCCUCUCCGUUGAAUCCUUAUCGUUACGUUAAAAUCUCCGUGGAGAAAAGUUUUACGAGCAGAGAAAGGUCGAACGCGCUACACACGCGUGUCGCGUUUGGAGCAGCGAACGAUUCACGCGGAGGGAAUCGCUGUUACGAUGUAAUUGAUAUAAAACGCCGAGUAAGCGAAAGAUACGAAUUCCAAUUUUACGACUGGCCGUGAAUCUACUUUUUAGUUUACUUAAGGAACAAGAAGUCUUGGUUAAACUUGAGAUUAGUAGUCGGUCAACGUUGGUGACGCCGUUUCUCGACGUUUACGACCGAAGAAAGAAACGUCUUUGAGGACGCGUACUGUGCACAAGUGGGUUGGCUCGUUGCUGCUUCGUCUGCAUUCUUAUCUGAGUGUGUACAAUUGUAUUGGUGUCUGAUAAUACCCCCGCGGGCAGGGAAUCGUAUCGAGCGCGAUUCGCGAUUAGAGAUUUAAAUGAUUUAGGCGUGUGUUGUAAGUCGUUUACAAGAUAAUCGUUGGUGCAAAGGAAAACUCUCUUCCCGGGACUUUAUGAACAAUCCGCUCUUUCCUCCAACGUGUCUGUACCUGUCUUAAAUAAUUCAACGUUUCAUCAAUAACUUCCGCUCAACGAUCAUUUACGAUCCUCGACGCUGAUAAAAGCUAUCAGCAUCUCCCAGACAGCACAGAUAUUUAACGAAUCCUCUUAUAGAUAUCUAAUGAUCGUUCAAAUGACACGCAACGUUCAGAAUUCUGAUAGACUUUGGAUAUCCAGGAGGUUCCAUUAAAUUUCUAUGCCACGAUUUGUACUAGACAUAAACUGAAUUUUUUUUUAUUAGUACGUCCAAAUGUUAAAUAAGUAAUGUACUUCUCGUUUUCAGUUUUUUUUUUUUACAAUACUGCGUAAAAUCGUUUUUUACCUUACAAAAAUUAAAAAAAAAUUAUUCUCCCUUCCACACAAUUAUCUACUGUCUAUAGUCGUCAACGAUCGUAUACUCUCACUAGAUGUAUCUUAUAAAGCGAAGAUCUAAAGUCGAUUUUACUGAAUGGAAUUUUAAUGUUAUAAAAUCAAUUGCCACGUAUCUCGUGGAGAAGGUAAGAAAGUUCCAAUUCCAUAAAUUUAACGUGCAUCUUAGAUUAUUAACGGAGGCAAGACAGAUAGCAAGAUAAUACGGAAAGGAAAGAUGUUGAACUAAUUAAUCAGUCAUUUUUUAUUUUUCAAAUAUAUUUCGAUAACAAGAAAUUAUUCUUCGUGCGAAAAAAGAAUCGUUCAACGUAUUGCUCGUACAUAUACGGUCUCUAUGUAAUAAUUAUAUUUUGAUCGAAACUCACGAUGCAAUCGAAUGGGCUAUGAUGUCGAGGAAAAAAAAGUUGCAUAGGAAAUAAUUAAUUACCAUCUCGCGAUUAUGGCAGCAGAGAAGUAAGUCAGUCCACCGUCGGGUCAGCAGGUACGUAAAUAUAAAUAUGAUGAAUAUUGUUGUUAUUUCCGGCCUAACGGUCUUGUGACGAAGUCCGAAGAAACGAACUCAGGCUUCUGUUGCAUGCAGGUUUUUGUAAUAGCGAAUAGAGUGGAGAAAAGCACCCUCUUAAAGCGUGGGCCAUUACGUGAGAAAGGUGGAUAUGCGCUUUAAUUAUAAAUAGAUAAAAGCUUUAUCCACAAUAGAAUAAAAAUUUCACGCGCAAAUCGGUAAAGCACAAUCAUAUUUUCAUGAUAAAUCCUAUAUUUUUUUAAUUUUUUUUAUUUUAUUUUAGAAGCUUAGCGUUCAGAAUAAAUAAUAUUCUCGAAUUUUUUUCGAUUACAAAUUCCUUAAAUCGAUUGGACAGGUGUUCCCCUUGAAAAGUUUAUUAAAUUUCUUCCAGUAAUCUUUAACAUUUAAUAUUAAUUCUUUUUGUAAGGAAUUUUUAUGUUAGACUUUAAGUGAAAUAAAGUUAGUUAAAGAUUGGAUAAGAAAAAUACAAGCUACUUGUAACUUAUAACCUAGUUCAAAUGAGUCACUUAAUUGUAGUUUGCGUUAAUUCUCCGUUAAUGACAGUAGCUUUGGGACAGUGUGUAAAUUAUCCCCACGGCUUAGAUAGUUACAUCUUUGAGCCACCUGUGUUAAAGAUUCUCUGUAGCCAAUGUAAUCGCAAGGAUUAUGUGAUAGAACGAAGUUAUCCAACUCUCCUGACUUUCUUAAUUCUACACAACUUUAGAAAAUCUCUUGCGGUCGACGAGCGAAAAUCAAUCUUGCGGCGAGUCACGAGUGACAUAAGAAACGAUAGACCGGCGAUGAGAAGAACUUUCUUGCACGUUGCCACGCCGAGUGAGAUUGCUUAUGCGGCACAGGUUCUCACUUUAUGAUCGUAAACCCUGGUAAUGUCACGCCAAGCACACGGAUGACGGAGUGCGACGUAAACAUCCGGAGAUCGCCAAGUGAUCAUAAUGGACGGUAACUUCGAUCGGCUCCCCGAACGACCUGCUACGGCUAAGGGACGUAUUUUAUUGUCGAGAUGGGAGUACAGUUGUUCGACAAAGCUUCCAACUGUUUAUUGAUUUCUACAUUCCUCUAUUCGAAAGAGACUUUCAAAUUGCUGUUCGACUAUAGAGCAUCGCGCACAAAGCAAUUCGAUCACAGAGUUCUUAUAAAAACAAAAUACAAGUUUUUGUUUUUGUUUGUAACGUUUCUGUUUUUUUUUUUUUUUUUUUAUAAAUUGUCAACUUGCGUGACACGCACGUUCUUUUUUACGAUUAUAUAAAUAUCAGAAAAAGAUUUGUUUUUAUUUCAACAAAAGCGUAGUCACUUUUUUAAUACAAUAGAAACUUAUGCAUUGAAUUACAAUGUGCCAAUGAUACAAUAAAAAGUUUUAAAAAUUAACAAUGCUUAAGAGAGGGAAAACAGCCAUAAAAAAAUGUUACAAUUAAUCUUUACAAUUAAUAUAAAAGAAAAUAGACCUAAUCAUAAAUAUUUUGCGUCCGAUUAUUUUUUCAUCUCUUUAAAGUGGUUCAAAAAAUCUUUAAAAAUUCAUGAGAAGAAUACUUUCAAAUCUUCGGAACAAAUGGCCGUGCUUCUUUUUGAAAUAUUACUGUAAGAAAUAAAAUGUAGUAUAAAUUAAUUAUCUUUGAAAUUUUGGAGAAACUUUUAUUAAAAGUCAAACACGAAAACAUACUCAUGAAAUUUGAUCUUAAAAAUUAAAUAUUCAAAAUAUAUGUAUAGGUUUUUAGGAUAAAAUUGGAACUAUAUAGAGAAAAUUAGUAUGAUCGUUACUCAACGAUGAUAUGCAAAAUCAUGAAACGUUCCACAAUUUUUUACGUAUAAUUUUUUUAAAUCUUUGUCAAUGUAUUGCAACUGAGGGGCUUUGUCGAUUUAGAAAAACAUCUUUUAAAGAAAUUAUAUAGAUUACGCUAAAAUAAAAUAGAUGAUUAAGAAAAUUAAGGAGCCUGACGACGACGAUGAAUACGAGCCUCAGACACAAAUGGCUGAUAAAGGAGAGGAAAGACGUUCCUUCUUAUCGCGGACGACAAUCUCCAUUACGCUAAUCUCUCGUCUCUUUGGUAUCGUUUCUAACAAUCGCGGCAGAAUCGGAUUAUUCCGCCAACUAGCUUCCUCAAAGCUGUAAAACAACUUUAUGUUUUGCAUGCACUUGAAGCCCCAAAUACAUCCGAGUACAAAAUAUCCGAAAACAGAUUUAUUGGCUACUUUAAACCAGAAUCUUGAAUUUAUUCAGAAAAUAUCCGGAUAAGGCAACUUGUGACACUCGAAUAUCUACACCUCAACCUUGAACGUCACAUGUUGCUCAUCAACCAUCGUCCGUAAAAUAAUCGAUUUAAUCCUCACGACGUCGAUGUCCAUUCUGCAUACUUGCAUGGAAAGAACGAUUUUGGUAAAGAAUCUAAAAACUUGGUUGGAUACAGAUCUGAAAAUAAUUUUUUUGUUAGACCACCAAAAUAAUUAUGUACGGUAUGUACUUACUCAUACUAGUUGUUAGAAUGUCAGAAUUUUUUGCAACGUCGCUCAUCACGAGCGUAAUUACAUACACAAUUAUUAUCAUGGUCCAGCAAAAUUAUUUUCAGAUCUGUGUUGAGCUACUGCUGUCAAAUAUUUUACGAAACUGUUUUUUCCGCGUAGAAUGUGUUGGAUGUAUCACUUGAUAAUAAUUAAAAAAAAUGUAAUUAAUACUUCACAUCCACAUUCAUCUUUAUAUAUACGUUGACCGCGUAUCGUGUACGUGUUUUUAAAUUUAUCUGUCUAGUGAUUUUAUCUUUAAUACAUAAAUUCGACUGCGAGCACUGCGGUAGUAUUACAUCUUCGUAAACGCCUCUGGACGACACGCGACACUAUGUCUGCUUGCCCAUCUCGAGAUUCAACCUAGCGUUAUAUCAGCUUUACUGGUAGUCUCAGUAAUUUCGUACCUUAUAACAAGACGUAUACGUAUACGAUGUUGAUCACAAUCUUCGACUUGUACAACAAUAAGUGUGCGAAAGGGGAGAAAAAACAGACACGUUGCGUACUGUUCGCAAAUGUUAUUCGUUGAAGCGAAAUGGCAAAUCAAUUAGAAUGUUAAAAACCAUUUUCCCGAAUCAAAAGAGGAUUCCUUGAGCGCUAAAGGAUUCCCCUUUCACCCGCAGUCUGUGAGUCUCGAAUCAAAUACGCUCGUCGGGUGUGAUUAGCUUCUCGACGAGCUCUCCCUUGUCUAUUGGGUAGAAUACUAUUUGACCUUUUCUAAAUCAGCCUCGACGCAGUCGGUGCUAAUCCAAACGACAAUCGUUAAGGGAUAUAAUCGCAUUUUUUAAAAUGUCACAACGUAACAAUAGUUAUCCGAUCAUUUUCAAUGGCUGUCCGUAGCUCGCGCGAGAGAAAAGAACCGUUGACAACUGUUUCGCAUAAUAUUCUGGCGAAUAAAGGGAUGGAGAGUUCAUAAAUAUUCCAUAGCUCGGAAACGAAUGUGCGCAACACGUGGCCAGGCCCACGUACUCAACGGAUAUACGUACCUCGAUGUAAUUCGUGUAGCCACGUAGUCCAAUAAUGUUAGAAAGAUAAAUAUAAGUAGCUGAUACCUCGAAGCCAUUCGCGUUCCAUGUGACAGGCAUCCUCAAAUUGCAGACAGAGUGUAUAAUUUAAAUCCUUGACACUAUAUUUUGAUUCCCUUUUCACUUCAGCUCGAUAUUUUACAUUUCCACCUAGAUAACCUUUGACAUCAACAUGUUCUUUUAAGUUGCCUUCAUUUUAACGAGUUUAGUAAUGUGUUUCUCGGUGUGUAAUAUAGAAAAAGUUAAAAUACGAAAUAUGAUAAAAUAAAAUUGAAUGUAUAGUAUUAAUAAGUGAAAAAAGGAGUUAAAGAGUCAAUCAAAAUUUUAAUUAAUUUUAUUAAAAUUGCUAAUUACAAAGAGCACGUACCUUUACUAUUGACUGUAUUUUUUUCCAGGAAUUUAAUCUAACAUAUAAUAUUAUUUAAUUCCCGUUAUUUGUGAAAAAAAAAAUAUAUAUAUAUUAUAUUAAAAAUAAUAAAACUGUUAAAAUUAAAUCUAAGAAAAAGUAUCGAGUGGAAAAACGCAAGGAAAUUUAAGAAGUACAUUUUUUAUAAGGAUGCCUGUUAAUCAAUUUAUCACAAUGAUCAUUUGUUAUCAAUUGUGGCGUAGCAAAUAUGCUUUAAAUGGCCACUCAGGUAGAUAAUUAAAUGACAGCACGUAACAGAACGCUCAGUUUGUUUAUACACUUCCCAACAUAUUAAUUAGAAUUUAUUAACAGGCGAAACGCAACUGUUUAAUUAAUGUGACUAACAGAAUUGUUUUUUAAGUGAUAAACACAUCGGGGAAAUCUAUCUAAACUGGAAUUAUCGCAAAUGGUUGAAUCGUUGAAGGACAAAUUGUGCAUUCUCCCAAACGUUCUAAUAUUUAACAAAUCGAUACGGGUUUAUGUUUCUCUGUUGAGUACUUAAAAUAGCAGAAUAUUCGCUACGCUACUGGCCAUCGUUUCUACACCUAUAUCUGACUGUGUGAAUAGAAGAGAAUUUAAUUGUACACGUAUGAAUGUUACAUGUUAAAAGAUGUUAUCGGAAGAAUAUCUAAAUACAUAUAGCAUAGCGAUCGAUGGCGACGGUUGGAUAUUUGUAUAUUUCAGACGCAUCGUGCGAUUAUAUACUCGUUAUUAAUACUUCAAUGUUACUCGGUAACAUCUUCGGCAAUAAAGAUAAUCAUACGGCCGUAAAA